AUGACUUCAUCAAUCUUCUACAAGUUCAAGAAUUCAAGGGAAAGCGAGCGCAUCAUCUUCAACGGCACCGAUUUGAGCGUUUUCGAGCUCAAGAAGGAGAUCAUCAGCGCAAGCGGCCUGGGCGAUGGCUCCGAUUUCAACUUGCACAUUUAUCCGCAAGAUGAGCCCAACUCUGAGCUCAAGGACGAUACCACUUUAAUUCCGCGCUCAUCCACAGUCAUCGCAAUUCGGCGCCCCGCUCCAAGAGGACAAGGCCGAGCAGCCCGCUACGUCACCGGCAAAGCGCCUUCGCGCGCAAUUUCUUCACAAUCCAAGCCAGUUCCCUCUCUACGUAGUGGACAUCUCGAAAAUGCCGAAGAUCCUGAAGCCGCAUUCUUGGCCGAAUCAGCAAUUGCCUGGGAUGCACAGAAAGAGGCACUUUCGAACGCAAAACCAGUUUAUCGAAAAAACAACUCCAAGAAUGUUGUUGUCCCUUCACAUCCCCCGCCUCCCGGCUAUGUUUGCCGCCGCUGCAAUAUCAAGGGCCACUGGAUCCAAGCCUGCCCAACAAACGACGAUCCCGAUUUCAAGCCUGUUUUCCAAGCCAAACGUACUACUGGAAUUCCUCAAUCUUUCUUGAAGAAAGUUGAAAAGCCUGUCGACGAAGAGGCUGCAAAGGGCAUCAUGUUGAACGCCGACGGAGAGUAUGUUCAGGUCAUGGCAGAUACAAAGACUUGGAACAAAUUCCAAGAAAAGACCAGCCUGUCUCGCCAACAAGCCGCCAACGCUGAUGCAGCAAGCAAAGAGCUUGCUGAACGCGGUCUGCAAUGUCCGCUCGACAAUCAAAGAUUUGUCGACCCAGUCAAAACCCCUUGCUGCGGCAAGACAUACUGUCGAGAAUGCAUCGACAACGCGCUAGCAGAUGGGGACUUAAUUUGUCCAAACUGUUCAAAGGAGGAUGUUCUGAUGGAUGAUCUCGUUGCUGACGACGACAUGGUCAAGUCUCUCAAGGCAUACGACGCAGAGAAGGCAGAGAAGGACAAGGCAGCAAAGGCAGUCGCUUCAACAAAUGAAUCAGUUAAUCAAUCCAAUGCUACUGACACCGCAUCUCCCUCUGUCGCAAAUGACGAUACAACUGCUUCCGCCACUGCUACUACUACCGCAGUGGCUGACGAAGUCUCCGAUACUGACUCAACCUCUUCAAAGAAGCGCAAAGAGCCUCCGACAGACAUCAAACCUCCCACCGCGCCGAAAGCCAUGCGUCAAGCUGCCGACCCCGCCUCGAAGAUGGAACAAGACUUCAUACAACAGAUGGAGAUGCUCAAGAACACACCGAUGGGCGCCAUGGGAAUGCAGAUGGGUAUGCCUAUGCAAAUGGGUAUGCCUCAGCAGAUGGGCUUCCCGAAUGGCUUCCAGAACGGCUACCAAAUGGGCUUCCAGCCGCAGCAACAACAGCAGCAGAUGCCGCAGCAGCAAUGGUAUCCCCAGCAGAACUUCGGCUACGGCGGCCAGCAGCAGUACGGUCAACAGUACGGCCAGCAACAACCUCAGCAGCAACAGUUCGGAUGGGGCGGACAAGCGCAGACACAAGGACAAGGACAAGGACAAUGGAGCAGCGCGCAGGGCCAGGCACAAGGGCAGCAAGGGCAGCAAGACCCCAACGAUGCGUACGACAGGCAGCCCGUCAACCCUCGCGGUCGCAACCGCAGGUCUCGCGCACCAGACUACCGCUAUCUUUGA